AUGACUGAGGUGUCGGCAACCCGUCUGUACCUGGGCAACCUGCCCAAAGGUGUCACUAAGGCUGAUGUCGAGGGGCACUUUGCUACUCACGGCACCGGCGAGAUCACCGAGAUCAAGCUCAUGAACGGCUUCGGCUUCAUCGAAUACAAAGAUGCGAUGGACGCGCGUGACGUCGUUCCUGACGGAUCCGACUUCAUGGGCGAGCGCCUGACCGUCCAGUUCGCACGUGGCUCUCGUCACCGUGAGGGCUUUGGUAACCACGAGCGACCGCCUCCUCGUCCUCGACGCACUCCCUAUAGGAUGGUCAUCACCGGACUUCCCAAUGAUACCAGCUGGCAGGACCUGAAAGAUUUCGCACGUCAAUCCAGCCUUGACGUCGUCUACUCUGAGACCGGGCGCGAUGGCAAGGGAAGCGGAAGUUUCGUUGAGUUCGAGACUGAAGCCGACCUCAGGACUGCCGUUGAGAAGCUUGACCAGCGCGAAUUCAAGGGCCAACGCGUGACCUGCACGGCUGAUAUCCAAUCUGGUCCUCCGCCCGGCCGUGACCGCUUCCGUUCUCGAUCCCCCAGAGGCCGUGGCGGCGCGCCCUACAACGGUGGCCCGCCUGGCGAGUACGACAGACGUGGCCCUCCGAGAGGAUACAGCCCGCGUCGCGAGGAUUACCGUGGCGGCUACCGUGACCGCAGCCCUCGCGGCCGAGACCCCUACUACGACGACCGUGGUGGAUAUGGCCGCUCACCUCCUCGUCGCGGUCCUCCUGUGGACGAUGGCUAUGGCGCUCCUCGCGGCCGUGGCUACGAAGCUGAUCCUUACCGACGUGAUUAUGGCCCUCCUCCCGAGCCCUACCGUAACGGUGGUGGGCGGCCUCCUUACGACGGUCCCCCUCGUUACGACGGACCUCCCCGCGGAGGCGACUACCCUCCGCCUCGUGACCGUGGAUUUGGUGGCCCGCCCGAGGGUGGCUAUCCUCCUCGCAGUGGCUAUGACGAUCGCCGUGGUGGUGGUGGUGGUGGUGGUGGCGGUGGUGGUGGAUACUGGUAA